UUCGAUUCCUGUCGUUUUGUUGAGGAUCUUCGUAAAAUACAAAACCUCAAAAUGUCAAAAGCCGCCGGUCGAUUAAAAACAAUGAAGAAAACCUUCGACAAAGUCUAUCACUCCACCAAACUGCGGACAAACAUCCCAGCCGGAAUGGCAGUGGCCGGUCCGCCGCUCGGCCCUAUGCUCGGUCAGAGAGGCAUCAAUAUUGCAGCCUUCUGUAAAGAUUUUAACGAAAGGACGAAAGAUAUUAAGGAAGGAAUACCUCUACCGUGCCGGGUAGCAGUCACAUCGGAUCGAGCUUAUGAGCUAUCAAUUCACUCUCCUCCAGCCACGUUCCUCCUGAAACAGGCAGCCGGCAUCCAGCGAGGGGCCAUGAACCCCGGCAAAGAGGUUGCCGGUAGGAUCACCCGGAAGCAUUUGUACGAGAUUGCUCAAAUCAAACUGCAAGAUCCACCCAAUGCCCUGCUCUCUCUGGAGGACAUGUGCAAAGCGUUGGUCGGAGUCGCUCGUACCUGUGGCAUUGAAAUAGUGAACGAACUCGAUCCGGUGGAAUACGCUCAGUUUCUCGAAGAGCGAAAGCAGGUGGUCGAGGAACAACGCAAGGAACUACAAGAGAAACGCGAAGCGCGAAUGUUGCGCGUAGGGUAAACGCACGAUUUAUUGGAAACAAUUGUAGAAUAAACAGAAGCAUGGCGGGUUACGUAGAGAAAUCCAA